ACUCAAGUCAGAAUUCAGGCUCCUUUUAUACUAAAAAGAGGAGGGGCUGUGGUGAUUGUUGCAGACUUCUUGGUGGAGGAAUUCUUUGUUCUCGGAAUCCUUUAUUCUUGCAGCUGUCCAUGUGAGUCAGAUCAUGGUAUCCCGUAUCACCUCCAAGAAAACAACCAUUAUUUUCUGUUCUGCAACUUGUUAUUUUUGUUUGAGUGUAAAACUGUUAAUACCCUUAAAGGUCAAAGCCUUGAGAAUGGCCCGUCCUGUGUAGUUCAGGCUCUAGGCCACACCCUUUUAUAGAAGGUGCAGAGCCAGUUCGGGAAACAGCAUGAGGCCAGAGCCAAAGGCACAGAUCUAAGGUGGAGUCAGAUGUGCUCUUUUCUGUUACAGUUUCUGAGGGAAGUGUGUUAAAGUCUCUCACUCUUAGAGGAGAGUUUGCACAGUCCUCUUUGCCACUGCAGGUAGCUUCGGCGUUGUAUACUUUAAGGGUUUGUAGGUAGGAUACAUGUUUGUAAUUACAGCUUUUGGUGGAUUUUUUCUUUUUAUUAAUAUGCAGUGUCUGCUUUUGUUCCUAUUAAUGAUUUUUGCUUUCAAUUCUGUUCAUUGGUAUAAACAUCUGAGAAUCACAUGCAUGUUAAGCUCACAAACAGCAUGCAGAGGGGAAGCGGCCUGUGUGGAUGCGUGCAGAUGGCGUAGUUCCCAAUAAAAUCCACCAGAGGCAUGGUUUUAUAGGUGCAUUUUGUGUAUCUAAUCGGAGUCUUGUGCUUCCAGUAGCACCUGAGUGACUGGCUCCUGCCUCCAUCCCUGGGAAGGCCAGGGUAGCAGGUGAUGGCAGCUUUGCAUCUAUCUGCCCUGUCCCAGGGCCUGUCCCGUGCCACACCUGGGCUUGCAGCAGCCCCUGUCGUUCUAGGCCGAGGUGACCUUUGAGGACGUGGCCGUGCUUCUCUCCCGGGAGGAGUGGGGCCGUCUGGGCCCUGCUCAGAAGGGCCUGUACAGGGAUGUGAUGCUGGAAACCUACAGGAACCUGGUCUCGCUGGGAGCUGGACCUGCAGGUCCCAAGCCUGGGGUGAUUGCACAGUUGGAGCGUGGGGAUGAGCCGUGGGUCCUGGACUUGCCGGGAGCUGAGGGGAGCAAGCAACCAAGAGUCCGUGGCUCAGCUCAUGGGACCAGGACUGAGUACAAGGAAUUGACUUCAGGGGAGAUGCUUGAUGGAGAUCUGGGCCAACUCAGGGGGACUGUUCUCCAGGGACCUGAGCUGGGAGAAGCCUGUGGGCACAUCAGGGAGCGGGAGGAGAUCCUGGACAGGCUCGUUGAGCAGAGCAGCCCCAGGCCAGUCACACUGACCGACGAGGAGCGCAGCCUGGAGUCUUGGGGAAGCCUUAGGUUGAGGCCUGACCCUAUCCCUGAUCAAAGGCCUCACAAAUGCGAUGUGUGUGAGCAGAGCUUUGAACAGAGGUCAUACCUUAACAACCACAAACGUGUGCACAGGUCCAAAGAAACAAAGACAGUUCCUGAUUCUGGGGAAAUCUUCAGUGCAAAUCCAGCUGUUAAAGAAGAUCAGAACAUGCCUCUUGGGAAAAAACUGCAUCAUUGUGGUUGCUGUGGGAAAGCCUUCAGGUACAGUGCUAACCUCGUCAAGCACCAGCGGCUUCACAGUGAAGAGAAGCCCUACAAGUGUGAUGAGUGUGGGAAGGCCUUCCGCCAGAGCUGCGAGUUCCUCAGUCACCGCAGGAUGCACUCCGGGGAGAUUCCCUACCGCUGCGACGAGUGCGGGAAGACCUUCAACCAGAGGCCCAACCUCAUGAAGCACCAGAGGACCCACACCGGAGAGAAGCCCUACAGAUGCGGUGAGUGCGGGAAGCACUUCAGCGCCUACUCUUCCCUCAUUUACCACCAGAGAAUCCACACUGGAGAGAAGCCCUACAAGUGCAACGACUGUGGGAAAGCGUUCAGUGACGGCUCAAUCCUUAUCCGACAUCGCCGGACUCACACUGGAGAGAAGCCAUAUGAGUGCAACGAAUGUGGCAAAGGCUUUACCCAGAGUUCUAACCUCAUCCAGCAUCAAAGAAUUCACACUGGAGAGAAGCCCUAUAAAUGUAAUGAGUGUGAGAAAGCCUUCAUCCAAAAAACCAAACUUGUGGAACAUCAGAGAAGCCACACGGGAGAGAAGCCCUAUGAGUGUAAUGACUGUGGCAAAGUCUUCAGCCAGAGCACACACCUCAUCCAGCACCAGAGGAUCCACACGGGGGAGAGGCCCUACAAGUGCGGCGAGUGCGGGAAGGCCUUCCACAACAGUUCCAGGCUUAUCCACCAUCAGAGGUCACACCACGGAGAGAAGCCCUACAAAUGCGCUGACUGCAAGAAAGCCUUCAGCCAGGGCACCUACCUCAUCCAGCACCGGAGGAUUCACACUGGGGAGAAGCCCUACAAGUGUGGCGAGUGCGGGAAGGCCUUCCGGCACAGUUCCAACAUGUCGCAGCAUCAGAGGAUUCACCUCCGGGAAGACUUCUCCACGUGAUGGUGGAGAAGGGCCCAUGAGGUAUGCUGUGCACCUCUUCGACGUGACCCACUCACCCCUUUAUGUCCGCAUAGUGUUGUCACAGGUGAAGGGGCAUUUCUAAUUAAAAACUCUUCCUAAACCCAAACUAGUGCAUGUUUGCUUUAGAGAAAUUGAGUGAACAAGGUGAGCAAAAGGAGAAGCUCCUGUAGCCUCCCCCUAGACAGAGAGAACUCAGCACUGCUGUGCCUGGCGAGGUUCUGCUCAGACCCACGGAGAACAUUCUCACAGAAUAUACUGUGGUGCUUGUCCUCGCAGACCCUGUUUCCUCAGCUCCAGAAACUUCACACUGGAGAGAAGUCUACAUGGUCCAUGCUUUUACACUUUGUAAAUUAAAAAAAUUAGCAUAUUGUUCAUGCUUUCCUGUGUCACUUAAUAGAAUUGGUAAUUGCAUUUUUAUAGUGGUAAAAUACAUACAACAUAAAAUUUCCCAUUUUAACCACUUCUAAGUGUACAAUUCAGUGGCAUUAAAUAUGUUCACGAUA